UGCUGCAAAAACGCAGCAAAAACACACUACAUGCUUUUCUGCAGCUUUUCCAUUGAAGUCUAUAGAAACAAAAAUGCAACUUUAUGCGUUCAAAAAAGUCCCUGACUCUUUCCAAAAAAAUGCACCGGGCAGAUUUAAAGCGCAAAAUGUAGAAAAAAACGCACUACAUGCUUUUCUGUACCAUUUCCAUUGAAGUAUAUAGAACUGAAAAAAACAUUCAAGUCUCUGACCAUUUCCAAAAAAUGCACCGGGUGAAAA